UGAAACGUCGAGCGGAAGUUGUUUCGCUGCCAUCUAUCUUGACGCGGACGUAGUUCAGUAAAUACGUACUUAUCAUCCACUGAUGGAGUUUUAUGUCUCUAUAAUUAAAUAUUAACUUAAACCAAAAGUCACUUUUUAAACAUUAAUGUUGUUUUAACUCCUCUGGUUAGCCUAGCCUAGCUUAGCUUAGCUUAGCCUCCUGGAGCUGUGCUUGUUUGACACGGAGCAGUCCAACAUGGAGGACAUGUACAUUAAACCAGGUAACCAGGAGCGGGGCUGGAACGACCCUCCUCAGUUCUCAUACGGCCUGCAGAUGGCCCGCGGACCACAGAGAAACCCCCUGAACAAGAGAGCAGCUCCACUUGGAGCAGCUUCAGGUACAGGAGCCCCACCCAUGACUCCUCCCUCCUCUAGUCCCCUGGUCCCGCCUCCACAUGGUGUUGCUCCGCCCCCUCUAUCACCAGCUCGUCCUCCUCCUGUAGGUAUGGCCAUGCCCCCUCCUCCUCUGGGACCAAUGAGAAGUCAAGGAGAGGCCAGCAGCCAGUCAGAGAGUGAGCCUGACGUGGACGUUGUGGUGACGGUGUUGAAGCAAGCCCUGGCUGCCUGCAGACAGGCCGUCAAGGAUCAGGUGUGUAAUGACGUGGCAAAGAGGCUCGGCGUCCUGGAGGACAGCUGGAGGUCAGGCAGACUGAGCCUACCUGUGAGGAGGCGCAUGGACACCUUGUCUCUGGAGCUGAAGGCGGGUCACUGGGACUCAGCUGAUGAGAUCCAUCGCUCUCUGAUGGUCGAUCAUGUGACUGAAGUCAGCCAGUGGAUGGUUGGCGUCAAACGACUUAUCGCUGAGACCCGAAAACUGAGCCCAGAACCCUUAGAACCACUUCUGAAACCUGCAGAACCAGUCCAAGACUCAACAGAACCAGUCCAAGAACCCGAAGAACCAGUCCAGGACUCUACAGGACCAGUCCAGGACUCUAUAGAACCAGUCCAGGACCCAGUCUCCGAGUCCUGACUCUGUUCAUCCUGCAGGACUCGGUAGGCUUCUUUCUGUCAAAGUUUGACUCUAAACCAGAACCAGGAUCUGGUUCUGGUUUAGGUUUAGUUCAGGUGGGGGUUGGGGGGGGGAUUCAGGACUUGUUUGAGGUGAGUGGACUGACGGCAGUAGACGUGUUAACUUGUAUGAAGACGAUAAACACACAUGUCAGGAUCAACAAAGGAUUAGUUUGUUUAACGAGGCGAAAGAUUUUGAAAUAAAGAAAACAGACGAGACGAUCAAUCAAUUAAUAAAAUCGGAUCAGACUUAAAUCAGAUGACAAUAACAGACAACAGCAAUGUGUCUGUUGCUGAUAUCAAGUCUGAGGCUUCAUGUUGGCUGUGGUUAUUUUGAUAAACUCACUCAAAUGUUUAUCACCUGUUUUACUGACAGAUAUUUUAACAGAUAGAAACAUUUUUAUCUUCAGAUAUUGAUCCUCAUGCAGUGUGUGACUGAACGGGUUUGAACUGUGAUUGACUGGUUCAUAAUGACCGGACCAAACUCCUGGUUGUUUUUCUAUGGUUAACACGUCUUUAUCACAUGCUUGAAACAAGAAAACGUCUGGUUCAUCUCAAACAAGCCUGCUGUUUCUGAGAGGGGGUACAGGGUCAGACUUUGAGAACCUCUGCUUUGGACUCUUGACUCUUUGGACUCUGUACUAACCACCCAUAACGUCUUAUUAACGAGCCUUGAUCAAGUCAUGUGACAUUUCCACCCAUCACAGCAGAGCUCUAUGCAUCAACAGUGAAUCUCAGAAUUAUGGAGUCGUUUUUUACUUUGUGCUCUCGACGAAUAAAUUUUUUUUUCUCUGAA